CCUCACUGCAAUAGUCUUGAUAGCCUCAACCUUCGAAGAUCGAGCUCAAGUUAUAGCCAUGUCUCAAACGGAGCUCCCACCGCUCGAAGCCCACACAGGGACGUACUUCACCAAUACGAUCCACAACGAUACCUACCCCUUCAUCGAUCCUCUCAAGUCUAACAAAGCCCAUACGUCUCACUCUGUCUUUAUCACCGGUGCCUCCAAAGGCAUGGGCCGCUGCAUCGCACUCGCGUUCGCUCAAUCCGGCGCCCCGAAAAUUGCCCUCGGCGCCCGCUCGUCCCUCGACACUCUCGAGUCCGAGAUCCUCAACGCGUCCGCAAAGGCGGGGCAUCCUGCUCCCCAAGUCGUGAAGAUCCAGCUUGAUGUAAUCGACAAGGAGAGCGUCAAACGCGCCGCGCAGGAUGUAGAGAAGGCUUUCGGGGAAGGUGGGGUGGAUAUAUUGGUAAACAAUGCUGGGUUUAUAGAGACGGGAAAGCCGAUGGGCGACAUUGACGUGGAUGAUUGGUGGUAUACUUGGGAGGUCAAUGUAAGGGGAAUGUUCCUCGUGACGCAUGCGUUUUUGCCGUUGGUGUUGAAGAGCAAGGAGAAGACGAUCGUGAACGUAAGUUCGAACGGGGCACAUUGGAUCCUUGCUGGGUACUCAGCGUACCAGACCGGUAAACUCGCCAUUCUGCGUUUGACUGAGUUUAUGAACGUGGAUCAUGGAGCUCAAGGCCUGCUGGCCUACGCCGUUCACCCUGGAAGUGUGCUCACAGAGAUGGGAUACCGUCUGUCCCCAGAGAUACAAGCAGUUUUGAACGAUAAACCCGAGAUGGCUGGGGAUACCAUUGCAUUUCUCACUAGAGAGAGGAGAGACUGGUUAGCUGGUCGAUAUAUUAGUUGCACUUGGGAUAUGGAAGAAUUUAUGUCGAAGAAAGAUGAGGUUGUGAACGGAGACAAGCUGAAGGUUCGGAUGGUCGUGUAAUUAUAGCGUUCUGCCAUGCAUGUUAUUAGCAGCAUGGUGUCAACGACGCCACAUAUACGUAGUAAUAUCACACACUGUAUCUUUACGUCCA